AUGUCCAACUAUUCCAUCCGCACCGAGGCUGCUCGCAUCCUCCAUGAGGUCCUACUUAGCGAUGCCCGUCUUGGGUUCCCAGCCUCCUUCACUGAAGCGGCCAAAAAGGUCAGGUUUGUCGGUGGUGAUGACAAGCCCUUUGUUCUCACCCCGUUGAAGAUGACCGAGUCAUGCGCCUCCCUGACUGCUCUCGUAGCCACGGCUGCCAACGUCGCCGCGGCCGAGAGAUAUGGAAUUGGAUACCAAGAAGUCCAAGUCAACACUGACGUGGCCACUCUGUUCCUCGAGUCGGUCUUGCUCCCGACCAUCGGCGGCAAGCCGUUUGUGCAGCAUCCCCAGAUGGCCCAGGAGCUCGCGAAGAUGGAUAUUCAUCGCAUGGCCAAGCCCAUCCGACGUUACGCAACCAACGUGUACCAGACCAAGGAUGGCCGCUGGUACCACCUCCAUGGCUCGAUGAACGCCGAGUCGACCAUGAAAAUGAUGGGGGUACCAGAUGUCGACGUGAGCCCCGAAGAGGCCAUCAAGAUCUAUGCCGACAAGGUUGCUCAGUGGGAUUCGAGCGAAAUCGAGAGGGUCGCCAACGAGCAGUACCGGCAGGCCGGGGUGGUCUGCCAGACUCCCGACGAGUUCUUCUCCAGCGAGCAUGGCAAAAUCAUGGCACAGGAGCCGCUGUGGAACACCACUGCACUGCCCGCGCCGCGCAAGGCUUGGCCGCACCCGAAAGAGAAAGAUCAACAGCAACAAGGCUACAAGCCCCUUGCUGGCAUCAGGAUCCUCGAUUUCUCUCGUGUCAUCGCAGCCCCGGCGGUCUCCAAGAUCCUGAGUGUCCUCGGGGCCGAUGUCCUCCGUGUCUCGUGCGACAAGCUACCUGAAUACGCCACGACCAUGCCGGAUCUGCAGACCGGAAAGAGAGACACAAACCUUGACCUGAAGACAGCAGAGGGAAGGCAAGUCUUCGCCGAGCUGGUCAAAGGAGCCGACAUUCUCGUCGAUGGCUACCGUCCCGGCGCUCUGAAGCGACUGGGAUUUGAUCCCAAGGCUCUGCGCGAUCUGAAUCCCAGUCUGAUCUGUCUCCGGGAGAACUGCUAUGGAUUCAAGGGCCCCCUAGCUCACCGAUCCGGCUGGCAGCAGAUCAGCGACUGCGUGGUUGGCAUGGCCUAUCUCCAAGGGAAGUUCCUUGGUCUCCAAGAGCCUGUUGUUCCACUUCUUCCCAACUCUGAUUAUCAGACGGGAUUGAUUGGUGCCGCGGCUGCCAUUCAGGCCUUGAUCGCUCGGACAAAGGACGAGGUGACCUUCGACAUCGACAUCAGCUUGACCCAGUACAACAUCUGGUACUACCGGCUUGGUCUCUACUCGCCAGAGCAACAGCAGGAAUUGCGCCGCCGCGAUGCCGACUUCAGUCCCCGCCACUACGACGAUAUGCCCAUCCUGGUGGGAAAGACGCACAAGUCGUUCGAGAAGAUCCGUCCAGACAUGUUCGCUCACCCCGAGUAUUUCUGGGACAUGAGCGGGCAAGAAUACGGCCUCGAGGAGAACUUGACGGUCCUCGCGCCGGCGUUCAAGUUGGAGUCUUCGUCCAUCGGAUGGGCCGUUCCUACUGGGCGUAGGGGACGGUCGAAGCCGGAGUGGGACGCCUGA